AUGUUAUCGCGGCUCACCCCACUGGCUGCACGGCCGUUGAGCGUUUCUUCAGUCCUGGCCAGCCCUACAAAAAACGCGACAGUAGCGGCGAUCAGAACUCACAAGUUGCCUGGGGAAAGGCUGCCGCUUGCCAAGUACGGUGGCCGUCACACAGUUGUUGCGUUGCCAGGAGAUGGAAUCGGACCAGAAAUGAUCGAUCACAUUCGUACCAUAUUUAAAUACUGUCAUGUAUGUACUAUCAGUUCAACAGUACUGCCACCACUUGAUCACAUUUUCCAUGCUCAGGCUCCUAUCAAUUUCGAAACGGUACAAGUCAGUGCGAAUUUGGGUGAAGGAGACCUGGAUGCUGCAAUUAUAGCCAUCAAAAGGAAUGGAGUCGCAAUCAAGGGUAACAUCGAGACCAAACAUGACGAUCCAGAAUUCAAAUCCCGAAAUGUCGAACUUCGCACAAAACUCGAUCUCUACGCCAAUAUCCUUCAUUGCGUCUCGAUUCCUACAAUACCCACAAGGCAUCAGGAUAUCGACAUCGUGUUGAUUCGGGAAAAUACCGAGGGUGAAUACUCUGGACUCGAACACGAGACUUUGCCAGGAAUCGAAGGAACAGAGGUUAAACUAGCACAUGCCUCAUUAAUGGGCGUCUCUUUCAAAAUUCUUGAAAUUCAGAUUGUAACUCGUCCGUGUAUCGAGAGACUUGCCCGUAUGGCGUUCGAGUAUGCUGCACUGAACAAUCGUAAGAAAGUGACGGCCGUGCAUAAAGCGAACAUUCAGAAACUGGGAGAUGGCCUCUUCCUUCAGGUAAUAAAGGAGAUGGCCAAAUCAUAUCCACAGAUCGAGUUCGAAUCAAUGAUUGUCGAUAAUGCCUGUAUGCAACUCGUCUCUCGACCGCAGCAGUUCGAUGUGAUGGUCAUGCCGAACCUUUACGGUAAUAUCAUCUCAAAUAUCGCCUGCGGAUUAGUCGGAGGACCGGGUCUGGUCUCUGGAAUGAACCUCGGUGACCAAUACGCUAUCUUUGAAACGGUAUUUGGCUGGCCAAUUGGCUCGAUUGCUAAUCUCAUCUCAGACGCUCUAUGGAAAGCACUAGUAGAUCAGAGAAUGCACACCAGAGACGUUGGAGGCAGCCAUAAGGCAUCGGAAGUGGUAAAUGUCACCUUGGAAAACAUUGCUAAUAUGAUGGACAUGGUACGGUAG